AUGGCUGACACGGCGUUUCGACAUCAAGCAAUCGAAAAACGACAGCCGCUUCGUCCCGGGCUCAAAUUCCGCAGGUUUGGCCGACAAGAUUUCGAACGCUUUGAUCAAGAGAAAGCCUGCGGUCCCUACCUACCUGGAGGAUCAAGCGCUAGUGUCGGAAAAGUGAAAAUCGACUGCAUGUACAAAUGGAGAAAGGCACAAUGGGGUGUUCUUGGUUCUAAUAAACAGCCUGCCGGCAUUGUCUACAUUGACAUGACGAUAAGGCAGCCUCAAGGACAUACACUGAGUAAUGCCACGAUCUUCAUCACUUUGGCCGAUCGAGAUGCAUCAAGGGUCCCAAUCGAAGGUGGACGAUCACGCAGGCAUGGCCAACCCUCGCGGAAAUCAGACCAUGCGGUAUCAGUGACAGAGUUCCUUGGACCUCAAAAUAUCUCAGGCCCGAAAACUAUCACCACUGAGGUCAGGGAGAGAGAUUUCGAGCCCACGCUUGGGUUUGGCGGUAUGGCGGAAUUGGGAGGAAUGGGGACUCACCGUAGCAUGACACGAGAGGUUGUCAACUGCUGGACCUUUAAAGGAGUGCCAACACGGCCAAAAGAUGGAGAAGGGUUCAGGUCCCUGCAAUGGGAUUUCGUUGACAGCGAAGUGGACAGCAAUCCAUCACUUCCACCCACCUUCCAUACCGGCUUCGCGUUUGAACACAAAGGUCGACCGAUAACCAUGUGCGUCGAAGUCGAGGGUCGACUCAAGAGCAAGAUGCAGCAAACCAGACAUGGCAUGAAGUUUCUUCGUUUCCGCUCCAAGUCGAAAGACACCGAUAACUCGACGGCAAUAGAAAUAGACCUAUCUUCAGCGGCUUCUGUCUUCAAGAAUCAGCUUGAUGGCGUUGCGGGCCGUCUAAACGAGGAUAUGAAGACGGAGAUGGACGAUGCCAGGGCGGUAGAGAUGCCACUGCCU